GCGUCUGGCUGUGCGCAGGUCGUGAUGGCGGGGCUCAGUUCCGCGGCUGUGUCGGGGCCAGGGACCCCAGUGGCGGGUCCCACGGGCCGCGACCUCUUCGCCGAGGGGCUCCUGGAGUUCCUGCGACCGGCUGUGCAGCAGCUCGACACCCACGUGCAUGCGGUCAGAGAAAGCCAGGUAGAGCUCCGCGAACACAUUGACAACCUAGCCACAGAACUGUGCCGAAUCAAUGAGGAUCAGAAGGUGGCUCUGGACCUCGACCCCUACGUUAAGAAGCUGCUGAACGCUAGGAGACGAGUGGUCUUAGUCAACAACAUUCUACAGAAUGCCCAGGUUUUUUUUGUUGUUGUUUUUCGAGGAAAGGCUGCGGAGAUUAAGCCACAGUGUUGCCAAGGAAACAGCCCGGAGGCGAGCAAUGCUGGAUUCAGGAGUUUAUCCUUCUGGUUCUCCAAGCAAGUAACUUGGGGCCUGUGACCUGAGUGGCAGGAGUACUGAUCUGGAGCUGCCUUGUUUCAGGAGACAGAAAAUUCCAGAAACAAUUCCUGUACACCUUGGGACACAAAGGGUACCCUAUGGUUUCUGCUUGAAUUGCUCAGUCCUUGUCAAUAGUAGCCACAAGGAACCUGUAGGCAGCAGGACUGAGGACCUGUUUUACAGCUCCCACCUACUUCUGAGAACGAGCUCCCCUCUCCAGGUUUUUUUUUUCAAAGUAUGUUCUUGCUCCAGCCCAAGCUGACCUGGAAUUCACUAUGUAGGCUCAGGGCGACCUCAAACUCAGAGUGAUCCUGCAACCUCUGCCUCCCAAGAGCUGGGAUUAAAGGCGUGCGCCACCACACCUGGCACAUGAGGUACUUUUUGUUGAGACAGGGUCUGUGUAUCAGCCCAGUCUGACCACAAACUUGAGAUCCUUCUGCCUCAGCCUCUAUAUCUACUCCCCCAGAGAACUGUACUUUUAAAUAGCUUAGGCAUCACAUGGAAUAAAACUCAGAGGACACCAAAAGGUUUAGGAUGAAAAGCGAAUUCCCACCCUCCCCUUUCACCUUGCCCAUGUUCAGCUUUAUUUGUACCCUACAGCUUGGCCCCUGGAGACUAGGAUGGAUGACUGGAAGGAUCGAAGGUCAAAGGUAGAGAGACCUACUAGGAAGUACUUUAAUAAUUCUUAGAAGAAAAAAAAAAGCUAUGUAUUCAAGGCUGUCUUCAUCAGGCCUGGGUAGCCAGAGUAUCCUGUUCCCUGCCCAGUAGCUGUGACAGGUCCUCUACUGUGAUUUCUUCUCAUGGUUUACAUUGGGGAUGUAGAGGAUAGGCAGUCAAAGUGAAUGAUCUGUUCUCUAGUGAGUUUCCCUGGCUUGACUAGUUAACAUUGUUAGAAUAAUUAAUCCGAGGCUGGAGAGAUGGCUUAGCAGUUAGGGCGCUUGCCCGUGCACACAAAGUUGAGGCGAGCACAAGGUCGCACGUGCCCACUAGGUGGCGCAAGUGUCUGGCGUUGGAUUCAGUGGCUUAGGCCCUGGUGCACCAGUCUCUCAAAGAAAAAUUUAAUUAAAGAGUGGUGGCUCACACCUACCUCCGCACUGAGGCAGUUAACAUAGGAUUACCUGAGUUCAAGGCCAGCCUGAGCUAGAGUGAGACUUUGCCUCCAAAUAAAUAAUUAAAUAAAUGCUAA